AUGGAGGAGUCGCGGCUGCGCGUCGCAACGCCGGACGGAGGCCGUCAUGGAGGGGGCUGGAGCGCCAUGGUGGGGGCCGAGCACCGGCCCUGGAUCCGGCUUCCCUGCCCCCGCCCCCGCCAAGGUGUCUUUCAUGAUGGGGAGCUCGAUCUGGCAGUAGGAAGGUGUUGUGGCGCCGAAACUGUGCUGCAGCUUGCAGGAGUCAAUGACAGGCUUGAUGUCCGACCCCUCUCCAGUUUCCACCCAGGGAAGCAGGUCUCUGAGAACUUUGUUCCUGGGAGAAUGUAUAAUUGCAAAUAA